CCAGUCACCUGAACUUAGUCGUAAUUUACCCGCGGAUCGAUAGAGUUCUGCCCGGAGAUGUCCCAGUUGUGGUUCCUGUUAGGAUUGGUAAUUCUGGUAGCCCUGUCACAGAUGUCUGAGGCGAGAGGCGGUGGCGGAGGUGGAGGAGGGCAUGGUGGAGGCGGUCAUGCUGGAGGAUUCGGAGGAGGACGAGGCGGAGGAUUUGGAGGCGGAAGAGGCGGUUUCGGAGGAAGAGGUGGUGGCUUCGGAAGAGGUGGUUUUGGAGGAAGAGGCCCAGGAUUCGGCGGACCUGGUCGUGGAGGUUUCAGAGGAGGACCUCCCGGCGGUUUCCGAGGAGCUCGGCCAUUUUACGGCUAUGGAGGAUACCGCGGAUACGCUGGAUACGCCGGGUAUGCUGGGUACGGCGGAGUUCUUCCCGUGCCCCUACCUGUGCCCUAUCCCGCAACCUAUAACCCCUGCUACUACAACAAUUACUACUAUAACUACUACUACUGCUGAUGUGAUACGGUUAUGGAUGGUUUAUUUAUACAAAUUACAAUCAACACGUUGUUUUAGUUACAAAGAUUAUGUAAAGGUGCCCAGAAAUGCGGGCUGUAGACAGUUCUCUAAAUAUUCCAUAUCUCAUAUAACUUAUUGUUUUGAUGGUCUCCGGUGUGUGGUUCAUGUUCGCCCACCCAGCGAUCAGAGAUCUUUGUGA